GAAUGUACCGCCCUGUUGGAAUUGUGGGAUUGCCCAAUGUCGGAAAAUCGACACUCUUCAACGCUUUAACAAAAUCAGAGUUGGCAGCCAUGGCAAAUUAUCCGUUUUGCACAAUCGAUCCCAAUAAAGCCAAUAUCCUUGCUAAACGCGUCCACAGCUCAUCCUUAACUCCCAAUUGUUUCUAUUCCAGACGCGAAAUUGGACAAAUUAGCUUCCAUCUGUCAGUCGGAAAGAACUGUGUACGAUGAGAUGCAGUUCAUCGAUGUAGCAGGGUUAAUCAAGGGUGCUCAUAAAGGAGAGGGGUUAGGAAACCAGUUUCUCUCUACAAUUCGUCAAGUUAGUGUGAUUCUCCAUGUGGUGCGGUGUUUUGAGAAUCCUGAUAUCAUUCACGUAAAUAACCACAUUGACCCUAUCAAUGAUAUUGAAACGAUCCGAAUGGAACUUCAGCUGGCCGAUUUGUCGCAACUGGAGAAGCAGAAAGAAAAGCUGACUUCCAAAAGUCGCAGCUCCAACGCCCCGCAACUCCGAGCCACGCUGGACAUCGUGAAUCGGUGCAUUGAGCAACUCAACCAAGACAAAAGCCCUGCAUCGAUUGAAUGGGAGAAGGAAGAACUCCCAAUCUUCCACUCGUUGCAGCUACUCACAGCCAUCCCUCCCUUGUACAUUUUGAACACAGAUAGCGAUUCGGCAGCGAAGGGAAAUAAAUACACAGAGGAAGUCAAGAAAUACAUAGGAGAGCAAAACUGCCUCGUGUUGUCUGCCCAGUUAGAACAGGAGAGCAUUUUGUUUGGCGACAGUGCUUCCCAACUGGAGUAUUUGGAGCAGUUCGGAAUCCACGAGAGCGCGCUGAAUAACGUCGUUUCAGCGUGCAGCAAGCUGCUCGGUCUCUGCACGUUCUACACGGUGGGCAAAAAUGAGGCUCGUGCAUGGCACACGGAGAAAGGCUCCACAGUGCAGGAAGCAGGUGGACGAAUCCACUCCGAUUUCGUUUCCAAGUUCAUCAAAGCAGAAGUAAUGCACUAUAAUGACUAUGUGUCGCUCAAAGGAGAGGAAAACUGUAGAAAGGCGGGGAAGUUGUAUGUGGAAGGACCUUCCUACAUUUGCCAAGACGGGGAUAUUUUGUUCUACCAUAUUCGGAAGUUGCCUGUUUGUUUUCCAAAGAAGAUUACGAUGAUCACAAGUCUGGUAGUUUCAGCAGCAUUUUUAUGA